AUGAAUAUCAUUUUAUAUGCUUGCAUUAUUGGUUACGUAAUUAGCUAGGUAAUAUUUAAAGUAAAGUUAUUUUAGAGUGAUUUAGAUUAAGCUUAUAAAUAUUUGGUACAAAAUUAGGAUCGAUUAAUGCUUGGGUAAUGGACUGCAAGCUCAGAUUACUUGGUUUAUAUAAAUGUAGUCUAUGAUAAUUAAAAUCUGAUAAUGUAAGUGUAUCCCAAGAAACACAAUUUAUUACAUGAAAAGCAUUAUUUUAGACUCAGUUAUUCCCUUCUAAAUAAUUCAUAUCAUUUUGACUCAAAUUAAAAGUAACCAAGUUGAAUAUUUUUAGUCUUAUGACUUGGGAGAAUAUAGAUGUUAUAAUUGAAUUACAAAACAAUCAAAAGCAUCCUCUUACUAUUUGCAAAGCUACUCUCUAAUUAGAAGUUUAAACUAAAACAGUUAUUCUACAUAGUUAAUUUGCUGAGUAAUGUAUUGUAACUGAAGAGAGAAUACGUCUAUUCAUUUUCAGCAAUUCGACUUAUCAAAUGCAAGCUUUUACAUACUCAAUGCUUUUAAUAUUCAUAUCUAUAGUCUAAAUAAUUAGCUCUUAUUUUUACUUAAUAUCAGAUCCAGCGGCAAAUCAGGGAGCAUCUAUGACAAUAUCUAUUGUUUUGACUCAAGAUAUAUUCAUUUGUAUUUUCAGUUCAUUGCUUUUCGACAUUCCGAGAUAUUAUUACUUCUUCCCUUGUUUACUUUGUUAGCUGGUUGCUAUUUUUUCUGAUCUCAAAUUGAAAGCAAAACUGACUGUAAUUAUUAAAAUAAUAACAAUUUAGAAUAUGGAAAGAUAAAAGAAGAGAUAUUUAUUACUAUAAAUUGUUGAAAUUUUAUCAGUCACUUUUUUAUUUUUGAGAAUUAGACAUUCGAUCGAAUUAACCUUACUGAAUAUUUUCCUUGUUCCUUAAAUCGCCAUUACCUUUUACACAGGAGAAAGACAGAGAUUUAAUAUAUAUUAUAUUGGAGCUAUAUUUCCAAGAGCUUUACUUUCAAUAUAUGCAAGGGGAUUUCAAGACAAUAUUUUAGAAUUAUUACAAAAACUGCAUGUAGUAUUCGCUAUAGUGCUCAUUCUUGUGAUUUAAUUUUUAAUUUAUUAUUGCUAAAACCAAUUUGGAUGGUUCAUAUUGAAAAGGAAUUAAUACAACUACUUCAUCAAGUAAACAGAUGAACACACACAAUCAGAUUGUGCAAUAUGCUUGUUAAAUCUAUCAUAAAUCCCUGAAUAUACACUAAAUAAAGGAGAACCCUUUGUACUACAAACUAUCAAUUAAGCAUCUCGAAAUAAUUUAUUAAUGAAAACCCCUUGCGUAAAUUAUAUAAAUAAAUUAGAAUCAUUAAUUUCACCCUUCUUGUUUAAGCUAGUGGAUGUAAAUCAAUCUCUCUUGCCCAUUGUGCAAAAGUGCCUUGCCUUAAGUAUUUUGA